AUGAAAACCCAGUUUUUGAGUAUCAAAUUAACUACUAAUAAUUUGGAGAGGUAUAGAGUAAAGGUCACUGGAACUACUAUUAGGGUACAUUUUAGAAUGGACUUAAAAGUGGUAUAGGAAGUUGGUAUUUAACUAACAACAGUGAGUUUUAAGGUAUUUUUGAAAAUGAUCUUCCUCAUGGAAAAGGAGUUUUAAGAGUUAAUCAUGAAGAAUUAAAUGCUGAGUGGAAAAAUGGGUAACUAUAGGGAAAAUUAUGAAUAUAAAAAGUUUAUCAAUUGUGAGUCAGUUUCUAUAAAGUUUUAUUUUAUCUAAAUUUAUUAGUCUUUUAUUGAAGAUUGCACAUUAAUUAGUUAUCUAUCCAUUUUUCUUAUCAAAUAUUAUUUCAUCUUCAAUAAAUUUUCAUUAUAAUUAUGUAUUUCAUGA